AUGGACGACUGCGACGCUUGUGGGCACCUACUCAGGAGGUUCCGGAGGCCGUCCUUAUGCAUAUCUAUCUUUUUCACUGUUUAUCUGGCGCUUCUCAAACUUGCUACUUCGCAGAUAACAAUUCAACUCCGCAGUGGGGAAGUUGAGCUCAGGCUAGCAGGGAGCUUGACAUCCCCCACGCUAACGCGCCCCCACACUUGUCUGCGUGUAUGUGUGUACAUAUCCCGGCUCUGCCCUGCUGCGACACGAAGCCCUGCGGCUGGCAUUGUAGCGUCCCCUGGGGAGGGCGACAUCAAGCCUGAGCAGUACUUCGUCCAGUACAAGUCUGGGAGUGGGGAGGCUCUGCGUGAGGAGUUGGUCAACCAAGGUUGCUCUGUGGCAGCAUACAUACCAGAUAAUACGCUGCUAAUGUACGGGCGGUACAGGUCUGUGCUGGAAGCGGCGCAGCGAUAUGACGCGCUUGUGGGAACGUAUGGUGCCAACUACAAGCUGGCUCCGGAGCUGGUGGAAGUCACAGGAGCCAUGAGACCAGCAGCGAGACGGAGGAGGCGAUUGAUGCAGCGUCAAGUGGGCGAGGCCAGUCGUUUUGAUGAUGGAAGCACUGCCGCCAUCCCCGGCAGCUCUGGGGGCCCUGGUGCCAACGAGGGCCGGCUUGAGCCCCAGCAGCACCCCAUCAUCCGGAGCCUGGAAAUCUGGAGCGUGCACAGCAAACGCGAUAAUCACCGCAAGGAACCUCGCCAUGACAGGAAGCGCAUGAUGCACAUGCGACGGGGGAGCGAGGAUGCGAUGGCGGUGCAGGACUUGAGCAGCAUUGACAGCCAAACCAGCAAUGGUGUUGCUGAGAGGUCGCUCCUGGUAUCGUCCACGCAAGGCAACACGGCAAAUCUGUAUGGCAUUGAAGUCUUCAUAGUGCCAGGUCUGCCUGCUGCGGAGAUUCGGGGAACAAUUCAGGAUGGCUGGAUGACCUCACUGGCGAUAAAACUGAGACGCGACAGCGAUCCAGCGGACCCCUGCCGGCCAAGGAUGCGUGAUGCAGACCUGUAUGACUCAUUCUCGCCACGGCUGCGAGCAUACUUCUGCGCCGAGGACAUGGAAGAGGCCGCCGCAUUGCUCAGCCAGCAGGCGCUGGUGACCUGGCUGGAACCGGUGCUGAAGGCCACCACCUUGAACGCGGCUGGUGGAUGGCUGGUGCAAACCGGUGAUCUGGACCUGGCUCGGUACAACAACCUGACCGGCGGCGACCUGCGGCCCUACUGGAAGGCUGGGAUCAUGGGCAACGGAACUGUAGUCGGGGUGGGGGACACCGGUAUCGACCUGAGCCAUUGCUCAUUCGUGGAUGACAACUACGACCCCGCGGCCCUGAAGAACUUAUUGGCGGGAAACCCGAUGCGGUGGAAUCUUCCAAACCAUAGAAAGGUCGCACAAUACGCCAUCACAAACACUGUAUCUGAUCCGCUGUCGUAUUACGGUGACGAGGUGGAGGGCCACGGGACACACGUGUGCGGUACUAUUGCCGGGGUCAGGGUAUCCACAAACAACGGUCUUCUCCUCAACAAGAACGACACUGGCGCAGCGCCUGCUGCUAAAAUCAGCUUCAUGGACAUCGGAGUGCCCGGCGCCCCUGGCUUGGAGGUCCCGUCGGUGGCAACCGUAUUGCUAGAGGCGGUCCGGUAUGACUCAAUAGCACAAGGCUUCGACCUGUUCGCCUGGAGGCACCCUGACUUCCUCAGCAUGGUUGCCGCCGGCAACUCGGGUGUGAGCGGUUUCAUGGCAACUGUCGGGUCGCCUGGUACGGCCAAGAACGUUCUGUCUGUGGGGGCGUCGACCAACCAUCCCAAGGGCGUCGCUUCCGCCGCCAGUGAUCAGUACGCAUUCCUGUUCCGCUAUCGGGAUGGUGCUCGUGCCCUCCAACAGUCGGCGGAGGUUCCUGUCGUACUGGCCAACCCGUUAGGGGCGUGCAGAUCUCUGAUGAACGAUAGGUAUACCGGAAAGGUGGUGGUGGUGGAUAUGGGCUCGUCAAGUUGCAGCCCCGAAACGCGAGCAGCCAACGCCGCGGCCUCUGGGGCAGCGGCCGCUGUCUACAUCCGGGGGGACGCCUACUUCUCCAACGAUGAAAUCACCGCCAACGAAAGCUUUUCCUCAGCGAUCAUAUUCACAAUGGUUACAAAGUCCCGUCACGCGCACAUAGCUAGCAAGUAUGAUGGCGUGCGUCAUCCCCAUACCUGCCCACAGGCCCAUGGAACCUACCUCAAGGCCGUCUUGAGCAAUACCACAAAUUCAAACUUUUACAUGACCUAUACCUCCUAUCCGGCGAUCAACCUGGGCAUUGACAGCAUUGCUAGCACCUCAUCGCAUGGUCCAUGGCCUGACGGCCGCAUCAAACCGGACAUCGUGGCGCCCGGAGCAAGGGUGUUGUCGGCAUCUUCUGGUGGCUCGAUCGUGGCAGGCGCAAACAGUCGUACUUGCUCUGAUGGCUCUGUGUACAUGCAAGGAACGUCCAUGGCGACGCCUAUGACAUCUGGGCACCUUGCUCUCAUGUGGCAAUACUUCAGGGACGGUAUGUAUCCGGAAGGUGACCGUAAUGCAGUUUCCUCUGUCGGCUUCGAGCCGUCAGGCAUGCUGAUCAAGGCCGCAGCCAUCGCUGGAGCCAAGUCCUUGGCGGGCGGUUUUGCUCGCUCUGCCGGAACCGUACUGGGUGAGGCUCCAGACGAUUAUCAGGGCUGGGGCCGGUUGGACCUGAGCGGCUGCCUGCCCCUGCCCGGGCUCACGAGCCCUAACAUGCGGAUCCAAGUGGCCGACAUGGGACAGAUACAGCAAGGAGAAACUAUUUACCUUACCGGGAUAUGGGCAACCGGUACCGGGCGGAUUGCGGCGGCCCUGGUCUGGCAUGACUACCCGGCAUCCGUCAUGGCAAGCACUACCCUUGUCAACGACCUGGAUUUCAAGUACAGCAUUAACCAGGGCGCGCUCAUGCAAACACGUGAAGAUCACUCCAACAAUGUGGAACGCAUCGAGCUCUCCUCCCUCCAGUCAGGCGACUCGGUGACCCUGGCGGUCAACGGCACCAAAAUCGUUCACAGUGUGAUCGGCAAUGGAAGCGACGCACAGCUGCCCCAGCGCUGGGCCGUGGUGGUGGUGGGGCACUUCCUGGGGACGCUUAGGACGCAGCUCAACCCGGUUUAUGCGCGACCACACCGGCUCAAGUCUUCAAAUACUACUGUCGGCGGCGUCCAAGUGUGGGAAUACGAGUUACGGCAGUACGUGGCUGCAGGUACUCAGCAGUCAGCAGGGCUCUGUGUAACGGCAGCCGGGACCUCGCAGGUACCUCUCAUAACCACUACCUGCAGCCAGGUCGCCACCAGCUUUUCGUUCUUCGAGGAGCCAGACAAUUCUACUGGCGGCUACAUGUACGUGGUCAAGGACUACAUAGGCCGGUGCCUGACUCUGGCGGCAGGCAACAGCAGUAUGUUCUUCUCGGCGUGCGACCCAUCAGAUGCAAAACAACGGCUAGCCCUAUUCAAGAACGCUUUGAUCACAGUGCCGCCUUCACGAUCACCGCCUCCUCCUCCUCCUCCACAGCCCCCUCCACUGCCAUGGCUACGCUUCGAGGCUGCAUGGGCCCUUGGAACAGAGCCCAGCACGGACGAUCUGGACAUCCUGGUUGCAUGGACCGUCAAUAGGAUCGAAUACUACGUAACAUACGAUAGGGUGAAUGUAAGAGGCGCAACAUACGAGGGCGAUAACGUGUCUCCCACCCCGCCUCGCAGCUUUGAAGCCGUGUCCUGGGGCAGCGCUGAAGAGCCCCCGGAUGCGACACAGUAUCGGAUCUGCAUGCUGGUGAAUAUUGCCAUUCCGGACACGUACGACGUGAAUCUGACUGCUGCCAUGGGGGCCACUGUAGUAGGCACCAUCCGGAAGGCAAUCAGCGCCGAAUCAAUUACUGGCGCCACGCGAUCAUGCUUUUCAUCGAUGGCCACAUUCGUUGGAAGCUUCGUAUAUCCACCAGGAUCGCCUAUCAUUCCGUCGCCUCCCGAGCUCUUACUGCCUUCACCACCACCACCACCGUCUCCAUCUCCACCCGCACCGUCGUCCCCGCCGCCGACCCCUCGUCCACCGCCGCCUCCUGGGCCCCCUUCCGAUGCGUUGUUGCUGCCGUGGUUGCGGUUGGAGGUUGCCUGGUCAAUUCAAAACGACCCGAGUCCCAAGGAUCUGGACGUCGCAGUUUCCUGGUUCUUUGACGGGAUUAGAUACAGCAUCUCAUUCUAUUCGGUGGCUUCCCGAGGCGGCCUGUUCGAGGGCGACAACCUGGAAAUAGAUCCCAAGGUGAACCGCGAGGCCGCAGUGUGGAAUGAUAGCGCACGUGCGCCUGACACCGCCCAAUACAAUAUCUGCGUGGCAUGGUACUCCUACAAUGCGGGACCCACGUACAAUAUCUCCCUGACGGCCACUCUGGGUGGGGGUGUGGUUGCCUACACUUCUUGGAGGUUAUUGGACACCUCCCGUUACCCCGGCGGUCACGGGUUCGAUAACUGCGGCACCUCUGACGUGACAUAUGUGGGAAGCUUCAACUACGUCCCCAAACAACGGCCGCCGCCGCCGCCAUCACCACCAAGUAAUUCCUGGGCACCACCCUUGCCGCCGCCACGUUCCCCGCCGCCGCCGGUCCCGCCACAACGUUCGUUGCCGCCACCAACGCCGCCGCCGCCAUCGCCACCGCCACCGCCGUUCCCACCUGUGUCACCGUCCCCAUCGCCACCCCAGCCGCCACUGCGCCCUCCGCCAUCCCCAACGCCACCUCAGCCUGCACCGCGCCCGCAGCCGCCAAGCCCACUGCCGCCACCACGCCUACCAUCGCCACGCCCACCCCCGCAGCCAUCCCCACCGCCACCAAGCCCACUGCCGCCGCCGCUCCCACUGCCGCCGCCGCUCCCACUGCCGCCGCCGCUCCCACUGCCGCCGCCGCUCCCACCGCCGCAAAGCCCACCACCGCGGCCAAGCCCGCCACCGCCACCAAGCCCACCACCGCCGCUACGCCCACCCCCGCCAAGCCCACCACCGCCGCUCCCACCGCCGCAAAGCCCACCACCGCCGCUACGCCCACCCCCGCCAAGCCCACCACCGCCGCUACGCCCACCGCCGCCAAGCCCACCUUCAUCAUUCCGUCCACCGCCGCCGCGCCAACCGCCACCAUCCCUUCCACCGCCGCAAACUGUUUCAAUGCCUUGGCUUAGGUUUAGGCUUGACUGGGCCGUGCCGGGCUCGUCAGGCUCCGCAGUCUAUGACCUCGACAUUUUCGUGGAGUGGAACUUCGGUGGCAACACCUACCGCAUCACGUCCACCGCUACCCACAUGCGGGGCGGCUUUUACGAGGGUGAUAACAUACGAGGGUACAUGUCGCUACUGAGAACCAACUCGGAGGCAGUCUCCUGGGGCGACAGCACGCAGCCUCCAGAUCCCAGCGAGUACCGCAUCUGCUUUGUUAGUUAUAAGCCCUCACCUGGGCUCAGCUUCAAUCUGACUCUAACGGUCAGCUCGGGCAACCGCGGCACAGUUCUCUAUACUACAUGGAAGUUGAUGCGCGCUUCAGCUGGCUUGGUAGAUCCCUUCAACUGUGGUGUCAAUUCUGCUGGCUAUGUUGGCAGCUUUAAGUACCAGCCCAACCGUGCGAACAUGCCGUCCCCAGGUCCACGUCCUCCGCCAGUAAAAUUUGUCGCAACCUAA